AUGAUGGAUUUCGAAUGGUCCUAUGACGAGCCUGGGAGGAUGAUAAACGGGAUAAGGCUUGUGCGUGAAGCUGAGCCCGGGCCAAAAGAAAAUGGCUUGUGGGCCCACUAUGCCUGCACUAUCUGUGUGGAAUCUCGUUAUCGAAUCAAGAUGGCUCAAGACCAGCCGCCCAAAAUAGUCCCAAAGCUAUCAGUGCAAUACAUUGUGGAUGCUGUGAGGAUGGGUGGCGAGGUUUGGGACGUUCUGGAUUGGAUGUCUUUUGGAGGACUCACUCUCGAGAGCAUUUACCCAACAAAAGGAAGAAGGCAGGAUUUUCAUCACUACUUGGAGGGGUGGCCUAGAUUUACCAUCCAACGCCAUCUUCGCCUUGAGCCUCAGAAUGAUGCUGAGAAUGUUAACGAACAAUUACUCAAACAUCUCGAGUCUGAUGGGCCUUUCGUCUCUGGAUUCCGUAUCUCCGCUAACUAUUUCUCGAUCGAUCAUGAGACUGAUGUUUACGUCAACGACAAAAAUCACAACCCUGAUAUCGAAGACACGGCGAGUGGGUCGACGAAUCUUGAAGUUGGCGACAAGAUAUUCGUAACCGUGAUCGGAGAAGGGUGGAAGAACAAGAUAAGCUAUUGGGUGUAUAGGAACAACAUGGGUGUUGCAUGGGGACGUCACGGCAAAGGCAUGGUAGACAAGCGUGUGGUGGAGGAUGCUUAUGUUCCUAUUCUUGCUUAG